AUGUCAUCGCCGAAAUUUCCAGAGGUCCAAGGAGGCGGCUCGCUGAUAGUUGCCUGGCAAGUAAAGAGCAAGAAAGUCCUGGUCGUUGGUGGAGGCGAGGUAGCUGCUGGACGCAUAUUACAUGCCCUUAAUGCAGACGCACAGGUCACCGUUGUGUGCCCAGCCUCAGGGCUGAAUGAAGAAGUAGCUUUUCGAGUUUCAGAGGGCCAAGUGUCUCACAUCGAUCGGAACUUCGAGCCCACGGACCUGGAAGGCGCCGAUAUGAUCCUUUGUGCAAUCGAUGAUCCAGAGGCUUCAACCCAGGUCUGGAAACUUUGCAAGGAGAAGCGAAUCCCGGCGAACAUAGCCGAUGUACCCUCAGAAUGCGACUUUUACUUCGGAAGUGUGCACCGAGAUGGCCCAUUACAAAUAAUGGUCAGUACAAACGGAAAUGGACCGAAACUUGCAAGCAUUGUUCGGAAGAAGAUCGCCAAUACUCUACCGGCUAAUAUGGGAGCGGCCAUUGAAAAUGUUGGAAAGCUGAGGAAGUUAUUGAGGGAUGUCGCUCCUAAUCCUGCCGAGGGACCGAAACGGAUGAAGUGGAUGUCCGGGAUCUGUGAAGCGUGGCGCUUGGAAGAUCUGGUGCAAAUGGAUGAGAGAGACAUGGCAGCCCUACUCAAACAUUACGAGUCAGGUUUGAUUCCCACGCUUGGGGAGGUUCGCUCCAACCUUCCGGUACAUACUGUUUAG